CCCUUGACUCUCCCAUUCUCUGCACAUUGCUGAACGUUAGUGCAUGCAUCCAUUCCUAAGCAGCAGAGGUUUUCAUUCGAUCCUGGCCGCUAUACCUGAAGAGCGCGACAUAAGAGGGACCUGGCAAUGAUCUCACUGGACUUCAAUUUUAAUGUUUUGACAAGGGACCUGUCACUUUAUCUGGAAAAUCAAGUGAAAGUUGGGCUUUUUGGAUCUGGAGUACUGUCACUGGUGCUCGGCUUCAGCGCAGCUUAUGCCUACUACUACUUGAUCUCUGUCGCGAAGAAGCCCCAACUGAUUUCUGGUGGUAAGAAGUUCUACCAGUUCCUGCGGGACCAAUGUCCCGUGGUGUCAGAGAUCUACUACCCCACCUUCUGGUGCUGGGAGAGCCGGAUCCAGACGGUGCUUAGGCCCUUCGUCACGGCUAAACGGGUCAGCUACAGAAAUGAGCUCAUUAGAGCAGAAGAUGGAGGACAGAUCUCUCUGGAUUGGUUCGACAACGAUGACAGCGCCUCCCACCCCAACGCGGCCACACGGCCCACCGUCUUGCUGCUUCCAGGCUUGACCGGUACCAGCAGAGAGUCCUACAUCCUCCACAUGGUGCAGCAGAGCAGGGAUCUGGGUUAUAGGUGUGCGGUAUUCAACAACAGAGGGGUGUCUGGUGAAACUCUCUUGACUCCCAGAACAUACUGUGCUGCCAACACAGAGGACCUGGAGGCGGUCAUCGAACACAUCCAGAGGACAAAUGAGGACGCCCCUCUCAUGGCUGCUGGGGUCUCCAUGGGCGGGAUGAUGCUGGCAAACUACCUGGGGAGGAAGGGCAGAGAGACGUGUCUGAAAGGUGUGGUUGUGUUCUCGGCAGGCUGGGAUGUGUUUGAGUGCACAGCGUCAUUGGAGAAGCCUCUGGACCGCUUUCUCUUCAACUCCUAUCUCACCAGCUGCCUGCAGGCGGGCGUGGACAGACACAAAUCUGUGCUUGAGAAGAGUUACGACAUUGAUCAUGUGAUGAAGGCCAAGACCCUCCGUGAGUUUGAUGAGAGGUUCACGUCUAUAAUGUUUGGCUACCCCACCAAUGAUGACUACUACCAUGAUGCCAGUCCCAUCCACAGGCUCAAGUCUGUGCAGGUGCCCAUGUUGUGUCUAAAUGCUGCAGACGACGUCUUCUCUCCCAGUCAUGCCAUUCCAGUGGAGGCGGUGAAGCAGAACCCUAACCUAGCCCUCCUCAUCACCUGCCACGGUGGCCAUAUUGGUUUCCUGGAGGGCCUGUGGCCCCGACAGAGCACCUACAUGGACCGCGUGUUUAAGCAGUUUGCCAAGGCCGUCAUAGAACAGGGUGGCGACCUCAAUGACCUUUCCAGCUAGUACGACAUUCCUUUUCUCCCUCUCUCUCUUUCUUUAAUUUCUUUCCUCCUCCCCCCAGUCCUUCUCCCUCCCUCUCUCACUACUCACCACUAAGCAAAAAAAGCAUUAUUUAUUUUGAAGGGCACAUCCUGUCACAACACAGCAGUCGUCCGUCAACUCAUGUAUUCCUUCAUACAUUCAUUAAUUCAAUGUAUGUAGCCAUGAAUUCAUAUCAUGCUUAUUUUAAAAAGAUGAGUAUGUUCACAUUAGUAUCUUCAAAUAUGUAUAAUUUCAGCUAUCUUUCUCCAUCCGUCAGUGUUCUCAACAAAAACUCUGUAUCAAUAGGAUUUUAGUCCUCAGGGAAUUUAUUUCUUUUUUACAUAGUGUCUGUCUGUCUGUUAUGAAUGUGAAUAGUUUAUGUUAAAGAAUGUUUAGUCCAUUCAACAACAACAAAAUACCUAACCUAAUCUUUCGUGACAGACAGCUAGCUGCUAUAGUAGCGUGAGAUUUAGUUCUGGGUUCCGAGGUGAUACCUUUAAUUUACCUCAACAGAUCACAGUAUUUAUGUUCUCUUGAAUUGUUCUGCAUGCACUUUCAUUCACACAUUCUACCUGUACGCACACAAAAUAGCUCUAACAAUGUAAUGUUAUGGAGAUAACUCAUUAUUAGUUAUAAGGAAUGUGAAUUUGCACUUUUUUAGUUUGAACAAGCCAUGCCUCUAAUUCCUUCCUGCAAACGCACUUGAUUUCAAUAGUUUUCCUAUAUAAAUAAGUAUACCCAAAAGGCCUAAUAAAUUAAUAUGCAAAUACCACAUGGAUGUUAUUGUUUGUCCUGAUGUUGAGGACACGGCUAAGUAUUAGUUACUUUGUGGGCCAGUAUUACAGUAUUUUACCGUACUUGUAGGGUAUUUGCUGAGCAUAUCAACCUGAUGCAUAUAUCAUCAAUUCAGCUGGGUUGCCAGUUUGGUUCUGCUUAAUCAAAACAAUGAUAAAUUAGUUGUUUACCAUAAAGGAGUUAGCAAAAGUAGCACCAAAUUUGGCAACUAGGUCAUCAUCAGUGCAGAUGGGUUGCCAGUUUGGUUCUGUUCCAUAUAACAAUGGUAAAGGAGUUGGUUACCAUAAAGAAGUAGCAAAAGUUACACCAGAUCUGGCAACCCGGCUAUUAUGAAUGUAGCUGGGUUGCCUGUUUGGUUCUACUUCAGCAAACAAUGAUAAAGCACUUGUUUACAUCAAAGGAGUUAGCAAAAGUAGCUCCAGAUAUGGCAACCGGACUGUCACCAAUGCACUGCUUCAGACAUUGCCUGUGUACAAAAUGGCACCCUAUUCAAUAUAUAGUGCACUACCUUUGGCCAGAACCUCAUGGACCCUGGGCAAAAGUAAUGUAGGGAAUGGGGUCUCAUUUCAUAUGCACCUAUGACUUUGUUCCUGUGGAAUUUGUAUGUUUCUCUAUUUUGCCCCGUGGCCAUUAAGUAGCAUGUGUCUCAUCGUUAUGACGUCAUCCCGUUCUGAAAUGUAUGACUAAUACCAACACUACAUCGUAAUCAGUAGCACAAAGGACAUGUUUUGUUUGUCAUUAUAUAUACAGUGUGUAUAUAUAUAUAUAUAUAUAUAUAUAUAUACAAUGUUAUGUUUAAUUUUAUAUACAAAACAAUCAAUUCUAUUUACAUUCGCAGCAAAAAGAUAUGCACGUAUUAGUAUGAAGUGUGUUAUGCUGCAUUUAAUAAAUUAUUAAAAUGGCA